CAGGAGAGCAGCUGAUGAUGAGGUCCUGAGGCCGUCCGUCGUUGACCUCCUCCUCCACCUCCUCCUCGUAUUUUAAGGCUCCUAAGGGUUUUUCCGGGCCCGCGUCACCCCGACAGGCCCGUGAUGUGUGUGGCGUGAGGGCAAGAUGGACCCGGAUCUGGCCAGUGACAGAUACAUGGAAUUUGACGCCGUGGAAGAUGACGCUUUCCUUAUACAGAGGAUUGACUCAAACGAGAUCAUUUACUGUCCCCCGAAGAGAAAGUACAAGCUGGUGGGGAAGUAUGUCAUGGGCGACAAGCUGGGGGAGGGGAGCUACGGCAAGGUGAAGGAGUGCCUGGACCAAGACACACUGCAGCGCCGCGCCGUCAAGAUCAUGAAGCGCAAGGCUCUGCGGCGCAUCCCCAACGGAGAGCAGAAUGUUCAGCGGGAGAUCCGGUUGCUACGGAGGCUACGGCACAAACAUGUCAUCAGUCUUUGCAAUGUGUACCACAACAUGGAAAAGGGCAAGAUCUAUAUGGUGAUGGAGUUCUGUGUCACUGGCCUUCAGGAGAUGCUGGACAAAGCUAAGGACAAGAAGUUUCCCAUCUGGCAGGCACACAUGUACUUCGUGCAGUUAGUGGAGGGGCUGGAGUACCUUCACAGCCGGGGGGUCGUGCACAAGGACAUCAAACCCGGCAACCUCCUCCUCAGCAGUGACGGAAACCUCAAAAUAUCUGACUUUGGGGUCGCUGAGCAACUGGACAUGACUUCUGGGAGCGAUGAGAUCACUACCAGUCAGGGCUCACCACUCUUCCAGCCGCCUGAAGUCGCUGGUGGAGCGCGGACAUUCCCAGGCUUUAAGGUGGAUGUGUGGAGCGCUGGCUGUACUCUCUACAACCUGACAAGUGGCAAGUACCCCUUUGAGGGAGAGAACAUGUUCCGGCUGUUUGAGAAUAUCUGUGAAAAGGAGUUGGAGGUUCCCGGCGAGCUAGAGCCAGCCCUGCGCAUCCUGCUGGAGGGCAUGCUGAGGAAGGACCCCUACCAGCGCAUGUCACUCGCUCAGGUCAAGACUCAUGAUUGGUGCUGCAAGAAACACCCAUGCACUGAUGAGGAGGUGGCAGUGGCCGGCACCGAGCAUCACACCACCACCAUCCUGCCGUACCUCCGCUCACAUUACUACGUGUCCGACUCAGAGGAUGAACUGAUCACUGAGCAUGAGCUUAACGAGACCAGGAACCAAGUAGAGAACAGACUGGAGCUCUCCCCUGCAGACCUUCAGGAGAAACCGAAUGGCACCAGCAAACAGCAACAGCAGCAACAAAGGCGGCGACGGAAGCCCAUAUCUUGCAUUAGCGUUAAAUCCCUUACGUCGUGCAAGCAGUCCUGACACUGCUCCUGCACCCCCUACUGAAGCUCCAGGCUCAUCAUGGUGGUAUACAUUGCCUGGGGAAGACUAGCUCAGCGCCAUCAGUGUUGAGUGACGGCGUCGAGAGGAGAAUGAGAGGAACUUUUCUUCUUCUCUUGUUCCUUUUGUCUCUGUAUUGAAGUGAGAAGGUGCAGCCUGUGUGUUGUCUAGAACGAUGGCUUGCUAGAUCAAGAGCUUCAGGCUAUCAUUGGUGACACUUUUUAGCAACUUGAGAGGCAUACAGAGAAGAGGUUACUUAUGAGAACACAGUGAAAGGAAGUGUAGUGACUCGCAGUCUGAUGAAUAUGAAGACAUUAGUGUGUUAUGAGGGUGGAAGAAGAGGAAGAGGACAAGGUGAGUUACGGGGCAGACUGAAGAAAUGAAGAUGGAGGAAACGAGAAAGAAAAUGGUGUGUUUAAUGGGUCACUGCAUGUCACUAUGGAAGAGAAGGUAGUGUCUACAUUUUGUGAUGCAGAUCAGAACAUGAAAUAGGGGCUCCAGGAGAGGAAAGAUGUUGUUUAUAGUUAACAGAUGACAGAAAGAUCACCAAAGAUUGCCAAUUUAAGUAUUCCCAGAGUGUGUUUUCUUUCACUUGAUGAUUUGUUUGGGAGAUGUGGAGAUGGAUACUGGGGAUCAAGGUUUUGUUUUUUGUCGUCCCUGUGUAAGGGCGGUUUGCUGGGAGGGUAGAGGGUAUCAGGACACCUAGCGGGUCAGAGGCAAGAACAAACACAUUAUCUAAUAGGAGUGACCAUACAGGAUGCGGGUAUCGGGUAAGCUUGGAGGGAACCCGCUACCCGCGUCAGGUAUGGCCACUCGUAUUAGAUAACAUGUGUUUGUUUUUGCCUCUGACCCGCUCCGGUACCCUCUACCCUCCCACCAAACCAUGUGCAGUGUGGACGUACCCUAAGAAAAAGAUUAGGGAAAGUAACAGUAAGGGGAAAGGAGAAAAAUGAUUACUAAAGGAAUUGAAGGAAGUAAGGAUGGUAGUCAUGGUGGUGUAUUUUUCUCACUCAGUAGUAAAGGCUGAGUAAUGAAAGAGAAAUUAAUGGGAAGAUUAACCCGGUGGUAGCAUCAGGGAUCAUGUUUCUUAAUGGUCCCUCCAAGCGAGAAAAAUGAGAAAAAAUCACCCCUCACACAAACCAUUUCAUAAUAUAUAUCAAAGCAUUUGUGAUCAGAUUAUGUAUCAUCUAUUUUUGGGGGUUUAUAUCAUGGCACAAUUUGGCCCGUCACUGCUACACGGUAAAGCCACAAAUUUGGCCCGUCACUGCUACACGGUAAAGCCACAAAUUUGGUCCGUCGCUGCUACACGGUAAAGCCACAAAUUUGGUCCGUCGCUGCUACACGGUAAAGCCACAAAUUUGGCCCGUCGCUGCUACCGGGUUAUAGAGACAUACAAUACCUGCACAAUAUUGCUUCUGUUGAUAUUUGGUUGGAAGCAGGAAACCAUAAUGAAGGAAAAGGUUGAGCCUGAAAAGGGAGAGGAUUAAGUAAUUAACCGUGUAGCAGCGACGGGCCAAAUUUGUGGCUUUACCGUGUAGCAGCGACAGGCCAAAUUUGUGGCUUUACCGUGUGGCAGCGACAGGCCAAAUUUGUGGCUUUACCGUGUAGCAGCGACGGGCCAAAUUUGUGCCAUGAUAUCAACCCCCCAAAAUAGAUGAUACAUAAUCUGAUCACAAAUGCUUUGAUAUAUAUUAUGAAAUGGUUUGUGUGAGGGAUGAUUUUGUCUCAUUUUUCUUGCUUGGAGGGACCAUUAAGAAACAUGAUCCCCGCUGCUACCGGGUUAAAAAGGCUAAGCUGUAUGACAGUUUUGUUUUAAUGAAAUUAGGUAUGAAGUUGAAAAUAAUGGUGCUGCUCAGAGAAUAGGGAAUAGAAUGAAGGGCAAGAUGGGAAGAAUUUGCACUUAAACUUGUACAUACUACACGUUAAGGAAAAUAAUGAAAAGCUGUGUCAUAUUUAAAUGUACAAAUACUGAUCGAUUCACUAUGAGAGGGAGGCCAACAAACAAAAGGGGUAAGAAAGUGUGAGAGUGGCGGACAAGGAGGACGUGGAGAAAGGUGGUGGAGGAAGAUAUGAAGAAGCUGAACAUCACGGAAGAAAUGGCUAUGGACCGACAACAGUGGAGGAGGCUCAUGUCCCGUCCAACCCCACCACAGGGAAUACAUGGACGUUAAACAAUGAAGAAGAUGAAGAAGGGUAGAAGUGUAGCCAGUAGCGUAGGAACUGAUUUCACUGAUAAUUCAAGAGUGAGUCAGGAUGAAGCUUUGGUGUAUGCUUCGUAACAGAUAGAGGAAAUAUGUGAUUUAUGAGUGCCAAGAAGCCGAAAAAUGAAAGUGAUAGAUGUGUAGCUUGAAAAGAAGGAAAUUUGAUGUUUCUGUAGCCCUGGCAGAAAAAAAUGUGAUAUAUGUAUACCAUGAAGAAAACAGAAAGCUGGGGUGUGUGUGUGCCUGAAAAAAGGAGACUGUAAAGUGAAAUACAAUCGUCCCUCAAAUAGUACGGUUUUAUACGGAUUGUCACAAGAUCUUUUAGGAUUUUUCAAUUUCCUGCUCAUCGCGAAAUUUAAAAAUCCUAUAAAAUCUUCUUAAUCCACAUAAAACCAAAACCGAACUAUUGGAAACCGUACUGUUUGAGGGAAUGACUGUAUAGAAGUCAUAGAAAGUAUUUUGUCAAGUAUAAAAAUGGAUAUGAUGCACUGACAGAGAGAAAUAAAAGUUGCUCAUGUAUAGAGUAAUAAAAGAAUUGAUAUAUAUUGGGGAGAUAAAAGAGAAGAUGGAGCAGACAUUUUUGUGUGCAUUAACACACACACACACACACACACACACACACACACAGCUUCAUAGUGCAGUGAUUAGUAUGCUCAUCUCACAACAGAGAGGUCCCAGGUUCAACUCAUGGGCAGAGUGGAGAUGGAUGAGGUCUCCUUUGAUUAACCUGGUAGCAGCGAUGGGGCAAAUUUGUGGCUUUACCGUGUAGCAGUGACGGGACAAAUUUGUGGCUUUACCGUGUAGCAGCGACGGGCCAAAUUUGUGCCAUGAUAUAACCCCCCAAAAUAGAUGAUACAUAAUCUGAUCACAAAUGCUUUGAUAUAUAUUAUGAAAUGGUUUGUGUGAGGGGUGAUUUUUUCUCAUUUUUCUCGCUUGGAGGGACAAUUAAGAAACAUGAUCCCUGAUGCUACCGGGUUAAUCCAUACACCAUAUCCACCCAGCAGUGAAUGGGUACCGAAUGUCAGUCAGGAUUUAUGUGCUGCCUCAUGAAUGUGUGUGUGGGUAUGGUGAGGCUCAAGCUGUAUCUACCCCAGAUUCCAUCACCUGAACCCCAAGCUCAUUUAGGGAGGGUACUGGCUGGCAAUCCUGAGUUCAGCAUGUGAUCAGAUCAUGGUGAAUGGCACACACACACACACACACACACACACACACACACACACACACACGAGGAAAGACUAAAGGAAAUGGACUUACCAACACUAGAACAAAGAAGAGAAUGGGGAGACCUAAUACAAAUCUACAUAUUAUUGAGCAAAAUGGAAGAAGUAGACAACGAGGAGUUACUACCAAAAGAAGAAAUUACCACCAGGAACACAAGAGGACAUAGUAAAAAUUUAAGGAAGGGAAGAUGCUUGAGAGACAUGAAGAAAUAUAGCUUCCCGCAAAGAAAUAAAGAGGUUUGGAACAGACUAAGUGAGGAUGUAGCAUCGGCGAGGAGUGUGCAAAGCUUUAAGGAAGAGUUGGAUAAAUGUAGAUAUGGAGACGGGACCACACGAGCAUAAAACCCAGGCCUGUAAAACUGAAACUAGGUAAAUACACACACACACACACACACACACACACACACACAGAAAGAUCAGUGAUAAACAAGUCUGUGGCUCUGUAAUCAUGACUAUUGCCAAAGAAAGAAGGAAGUAAUAAUGAAUUUGGUCAUGAUGAGAAGAAUAAACCCGGCCUGGGCCAAUCCUGCAGUACUGUAAACAAUGGAACUGUAUGAGUUUUGUGUGUGUGUGUGUGUGUAUUUGAAGAUGUAAGGAGAGAGAGAGAGAGAGAGAGAGAGAAAGGAUGAUUUUAGGUAGGUAGAUAGGUAAUGAGAGAGAGAGAGAGAGAGAGAGAGAGAGAGAAAAAAAGGACGAUUUUAGGAAGGCAGAUAGGUAAUGAGAGAGAGAGAGAGAGAGAGAGAGAGAGAAUUAUAUGAAAAAAUAAGCUUUUAGUUCAUCCUCUCAUAGGCAACCAAUCAAUCAAAUAGCAGUUUAGACCAUAUAUAUAUAAGAUUCAGCAAAUCACCCUGCAAUAUGUUUUUUGUGUACAGACAUAUGGGUGGUCUAUAUAACUGAUAUUUUACAAUUCUAUGUUUGUGCCUCAUAGCUGAAAAUUUAACCCGGUAGCAGCGACGGGCCAAAUUUGUGGCUUUACCGUGUAGCAGCGACGGGCCAGAUUUGCGGCUUUACCGUGUAGCAGCGACAGGCCAGAUUUGUGCCAUGAUAUAAACCCCCAAAAAUAGAUGAUACAUAAUCUGAUCACAAAUGCUUUGAUAUAUAUUAUGAAAUGGUUUGUGUGAGGGGUGAUUUUUUCUCAUUUUUCUCGCUUGGAGGGACCAUUAAGAAACAUGAUCCCCGCAGCUACCACCGGGUUAAGAACGUGAUUCUAAAUUCUUUCAGCAAAUGAUCAGGAAGCAUGAAUGAAGCCCUUAAAAGCUUACCUCAUAGUACUGCUAACUUCCUCAUCACAGCACUUUGGAAUUUUUAUGAUCAUUUGGUUUCCUAGGAUUACUGAAGAGUGACUUGGUAGGAGAGUGAUGAAAAGCAAAACAUGAUGAAAAUAAAUACUUCCUAACUGGAGGGUUUAAUGAGUCAUAGAGGGUCCAUAAGGAGUGGAGUUUUGCUUGGUUGAUAAAUUAUAUAUAUUUUUAUAUGUGAACAGGAACAUCUCAUUAAAAGGUGAAUUGAAGUUCCCUGUAGACUGUAGAGGGUCAAUUUAGACAAUGCAAAGAAUAAUGGGGUAUUAAGAAAAGCAGUCUUGUUUAAUUGAGUGGUAUAUGGCAUUCCAAACCUGCGUGUGUGUGUGUGUGUGUGUGUGUGUGUGUUUACCCAGUUGUAUUUACCUAGUUGUGACAUACGGGAAAAGAGCUAUCCACUCUUGUCCAACUUUUCCUUAAAAUCAUGAAUGUUUCUUGCACAGACCACCUCCUCCUCCAGUCCAUUCCACAGCUCAAUGCUUCUGUUUGGGAAGCUAAACUUUUUCACAUCUCGCCUACACGUGGUCGCCCUCAACUUCUUUCCAUGUCCUCUCGUUUCUCUUGUUCCACACACACAGGUCCUCUCUGUCCAAAUGCUCCACUCCGCUCGCCACCCUGUACACUGCUAUCAGGUCUCCUCUUUCUCUUCUCUCAAGGGUUGUGAGCCCCAUGCUAUUGAGUCUCUCAUAAGUCCAAUCCCUAAGUUCCGGUACCAUCUUAGUUGCCACUCUCUGCACUCUUUCCAGCUUCUUUAUGUUCUUUUUUAUCAUGAGGAGACCAGACCAGUGCUGCAUACUCCAACCUUGGCCUUAUCAUUAUGACUUAUUUUCCUCAUCAUCUCCCUAUCCAAGUACACAAAUGCUAUCCUUAUGUUCCUCAGCAAAUUCAGAGUUUGUCCCGAUAUCCUGUUGAUGUGUUUGUCCGGUGACAUGUUCUCUGAGACAGUCACUCCCAAAUCUUUUUCCUCCACUCCUCUGCAUGUUGUCUCACUUCCCAUCUUGUAAUCAUAUUCGCAUCUUCUACCACUCCUACCAAACUCCAUUUUUUUACAUUUCCCAAGGUUGAACUCCAUCUGCCAUGUACCACUCCACUCCCAUAUUCUAUCCAGGUUCCCUUGCAAUGCCUCACAGUCCUUCACAUUAUUGACACGUCUCAAUAGUUUUGCGUCAUCUGCAAACAAACUCACAUAGCUGGACACUCCAUUCACCAUAUCAUUUAUAUAAACAGCAAACAUUAUUGGUGCCAACACCGAACCUUGCGGGACUUCACUCAUCACAGGGCACCAGUUGGAAACCUCUCCCUGAUAAUCUUCCUCAUUUCCCUGUUAGUUAGGAAGUCCUCCAGCCACUUAGUGUGUGUGUGUGUGUGUGUGUGUGUGUGUGUGUGUGUGUGUGUGUGUGUGUAUAUCAUCUGAAAGUUUGUUGUUUUGGGCAAGAUCUAUUUGGAAGUGAAAAGUCAAAUUAGGACUUAACUCGUUCAUGGAAGUAUAGAAAACAAGCAUAUGUCUUCUCAGCUGGUCUGUUGGGGGGUGGAGGAAAAUGUUAACUUUACUCAGGGGAAAAAAAUAGUGAGACAGGGAAACACUGUGUAAAUAGGUUCAAAGAAAGAGGAAAAUGCAUGCAGAGAUAGGUAGGAUCUGUUCCCUUCUCCUAAAAAUCCUUCCCCUCCUGUCUCUCUCCGGCACAUGACCACAGAUGUUGCACCGACUAAACGAAACUUUCCAACCCUUUUCACAGCGUGUUGCCGGCUCAGUUUUAUCUGUGGGGAGGGGUGACAUUAGGUUAGGGUAGGUUAGUAGGGUAAAUUUAUGUUUUGUUGAGUUUGUUAUGAGAGGGACACAAACACAGGGUGAGAGGAUACACCUGGCAAACAGGGUGACGACAUAUAGAGGUAAAGCAAGUGAGGAGAGUGGGAAACAGUCUGAUAGAAUGGCUUGUUAGGAGCGCAUGGGCUCGGACACAGACGGGAAACAGUCCUGAUAGAAUGGCUUGGGAGGAGUACAUGGGCUCGGACACAGAUGGGAAACAGUCCUGAUAGAAUGGCUUGUUAGGAGUACAUGGGCUCAGACACAGAUGGGAAACAGCCUGAUAGAAUGGCUUGGGAGGAGUACAUGGGCUCGGACACAGAUGGGAAACAGUCUGAUAGAAUGGUUUGGGAGGAUUGUAUGGGCUCGGACACAGGUGGGAAAGUCCUGAUAGAAUGGUUUGUUAGGAGUGUAUGGGCUCAGACACAGAUGGGAAACAGUCUGAUAGCAUGGGCUCGGACAUAGACGGGAAACAGUCCUGAUAGAAUGGCUUGUUAGGAGUGGAUGGGCUUGGACACAGAUGGGAAACAGCCUGAUAGAAUGGCUUGUUAGGAGUGCAUGGGCUCAGACACAGAUGGGAAACAGUCUGAUAGCAUGGGCUCGGACACAGAAGAUAAAGUUUUGGGGUAAUAAUCCCUCACUCUGUAAUGCCAAAAUUUAAUGAAGUAUGGGAAAGAUAGAAAUUAGGGAGAAAAGUAGGUAGUUUUAAGUAUUUUUAAGUAAAUAUAAGUAUCGCCGGAGUCUGUUACCACGUGCAACAUUCCAGACUCACACCGACAAUGCCGCUCAACCACUAACUCCACUUCUUCAUGUUGAGUUAGUGGAUGAGUGGCGUUGUCAGUGUGAGUCCGAAAUGUUCCACGCGGUAACGGACUCCGGUGAUACUUAUAUUUACUUAAAAAUACUUAAAACUACGAACUUUUUGUCCUUAAUUUCUAUCUUUCCCGUACUUAAUAAAAUUUUGGCAUUCCACUUCUUCCUCGCAUACAACUGGGUAUUGCCAGUCACUUGUUAUGACCAUGAAAAUUAAAGAUGAAAAAAACAUCACCAGUGCCAUAUUAACUGUAUGCUUUACUGAUAAAUAUUGUAUAUAUAUGUAUUUUUAUAUAUCGCCCAUCCCUUUACCUGCAGAAUGGUUAUACUUUGUAACUUCAUGGUUUCUUAAAUUCUCUAAAGGAUGACAAAACCUCAGACUCCCUGCCUGCACUUCACUUUGUUUGGUGGAAUGGAUGUUUUCAUGCCCAAACCUGUACGCAGAAUAGUCGUCCCUCAAAUAGUACGGUUUCCAAUAAAUCGGUUUUGGUUUUAUACGGAUUGUCACGGAAGAUCUUUUAAGGAUUUUUAAAUUUCCUGCUUGUCGUGAAAUUUAAAAAUCCUAAAAAAAUCUUCUAUGAAAAUCCACAUAAAACCAAAACCAAACUAUUUGAUGGAUGACUGUAAUCCCCUCAAUAAGAAGAACAUACAUGACUACUUAAGUAACAUUUUGAUAUACAGUAUAUCAAUAAGCCUUUUUCUAGCAUUUAAUUUUCUCUAGGGAUUUCCUCAGAACAAUAGCAUGGUUGUGUGUUUUGAUGUAUGCCCCACACACCUUAACAAGUAAUGCUGCGUAUAUGUAUGUGUGUUUAUUACCCAGAGACUACAGUGGCAAAGCGUCUGACGGAAGUUUUGUAUAUUUGUAAAUCGCUGUGCUGGAUUGAAACAGGAGAGAAAACACAUUAGUCAAAGAUGUGUUUGAGGGAUGACUGUAUUUCCAAAAGCCACAAAUAAGAUUAAUUGGCUUCCCCAUGAGUGUUUUCAAGUUCAAGGUGCAGAAGCAUUGCCGAAGAAUCCCAUACUAACCCCUUGAAUGCGGAUUUCCAACAAGAAGACAUCACCAAGCUACAGGAAUGGAACAAAAAGUGGCUGCUACAAUUCAAUGAAGAAAAAUAUAAAGUCCUGUAUCUUGGGAGGGGAUAUCCAGCACACCAAUACCACAUGGGAAACACUCCACUAUUCACCACAGAGACAGAGAAAGACCUGGAAGUAUAUGUUACCAGGCUACCAGUGAAGGCGAAAUCCGUGCCAAUCGCAGCGGACGGGCUACAAGGGGGUAUUACAGUGAGUGGAUAUGGUAGACACUGGCUCACAAGAAUCCCACACCAAGGGGUUAUGGUGAACUAAAUGAGGGUAAUACAGUGAGUGUUUGCUACAAUCUAUUGCUUAGAGUGUAUGAAUUAGUUUGUGUUAUAAUCUUCUAAUGGCAUUUAUACGAGACAUACAAAGACAGUCCCUCAUGGGCUCGCAUCCUCAGCACCCUAAGUCCCUUCCACUACCGUGUACAGAAAAAUCUUAAUCCUCAAAUUGUAUGUACUGGAUAUGUUUUUUUAUGCAUAUGUAUUACUGCUACUACUAUAACCAUGUAUAUCUUUACCCAUAGUCAGGCAGCAUCAGGGCAGAUUUAGCUUAUGAGUGAUGACUACAAACUUAAUCUAUCAUGUACAUAUAUAUAUUGAAAACCUAGUGCUUGUCCAACACAAAUAAGUGGGCAGGCUGGUGUAUUGAUUUUAGUUAAUGUACAGUGUAUAUGUACAGCCAAACCAAUUUUGUACUCACCUUAGCCAUAUAUAUGCUGAGGGACAGUGGGGAGAGUGUUGUGUGACUUUGUGUCUUGUUCUAAGCUGCAUAUGUGACCUCCAAGUCUCUGAUGUUCGUUUUUAUGUGUGUUUCCUCUUUUGAACCAUACCUGUGGCUGUUCCAGGAUGCAAAAGAGCCACGUCAGUGCUUGUCUUAGGGCCGCUUUCACAGUCGUUUUGUUUGUUUUGAUCGUUACCAAUGGCGGCGAUCGACGCUAGAGAAUUUCCACUUAAAACUGGCCGAUGGGGUAGUGGCGGCUGCGGGGUUAGCCUAGCCCUGCACCUUGCCACACACUCUCAACACCUCUCGCUUCCUCUGCAGCCGCCACUACCCCAUAGGCCAGUUUCACAUGGAAAACUAUAGCGUCGAUCGCCGCCAUUGGUAACGAUCAAAACAAACAAAGCAACUGUGAAACCGGCCCCUUAGAGCACAGGAAGCUAAGUCAAUGCUUGUUUUACCACACAGAAAGCUAAGUUAGUGCUUGUCCUAGAACACAGAAAGCUGUCCUGAAGCAUAGGAAAACCAACUCUGUGAAUGUCUCUGUAUGUGUGAUGCCAUAUUGCCACAUGAACUGAUGGAUGGGAAUGUAUUGAGGAGAGGCUAUAGUAACUUCAUUGAUCCCACUACCCCACUUCAGCCUUGCCUAACCUGAAUACCCAGUGCAUAAACACAGACACACACAUACUGGAGAAUUAACAAAGGGAUCAAAGUUCUGCAUACAACAAUUUCCCUCUUGAUUACUUAGAAAUCAGAUUGACCCGGUAGCAGCGACGGGCCAAAUUUGUGGCUUUACCGUGUAGCAGCGACGGGCCAAAUUUGUGGCUUUACCGUGUAGCAGCGACAGGCCAAAUUUGUGGCUUUACCGUGUAGCAGCGACGGGCCAAAUUUGUGCCAUGAUAUAAACCCCCCAAAAUAGAUGAUACAUAAUCUGAUCACAAAUGCUUUGAUAUAUAUUAUGAAAUGGUUUGUGUGAGGGGUGAUUUUUUCUCAUUUUUCUCGCUUGGAGGGACCAUUAAGAAACAUGAUCCCCGCUGCUACCGGGUUAAAAGAAACUAAAAAGCAGUUUUCUAAAGCAGAAAAAUUUCUUUAAAAAGUGUUCCCAAGUUUUUUUGUAUGGCUGACAAGAAGUAGUACACAUUUUAAUUUCUUUGAAGGAAACUUUAAUGACUCUCCUUUUCCUCCUCUCACUCCUGUCUCUAAGUACAGGCAUAGAAAAUACUCUCACCAGCUAGACAAGUGCUCCACCAUUACCCCAACUAGAUAGAUACAAGGCUGGAGGGUGUGGUCAGAAGCCUCACCCUUGGUCAUACACCUCACUCAGCAUUGCCAAAUUGUCGUACUAUGAAGAUUGGAUUUGUCAUUUUUAUGCUCCAAGACGGUCGUAACCACACAAACAAUGGUAGAAAAUUAGAGUUAGCGUUAAAACUGGUAUUCAUUGAUGUUGGUUUGUUCUUUUGCUAUACAGUCGUCCCUCAAAUAGUACGGUUUCCAAUAGUUUGGUUUUGGUUUUAUACGGAUUGCCACAGAAGAUCUUUUAGGAUUUUUAAAUUUCAUGCUUGUUGGGAAAUUUAAAAAUCUUAAAAAAUCUUAGAAAAUCCACAUAAAACCAAAACGGAACUAUUGGAAACCGUACUAUUUGGGGGACGACUGUAGUUAUCGGUCAGAAACUAAGAAAACACUGAUCUCACCUCAUGUAAAGCCGUGCUCUAUGGGCACACCACCUCAGCUCCCCUUAAUGGAGUGUUGCUUUAUUCGCAACACAUUGAUUUCAGUUUAGUAGAUUAGAAAGCAAAGCUAUUGAUAGACAUUUUUUUUUUUCAUAUAAUUCCUGACAUACUACAUCAUUCUUCAUCAGCUCUAGAGCUUAACCCAGUAGCAGCGACGGGACAAAUUUGUGGCUUUACCGUGUAGCAGCGACGGGACAAAUUUGUGGCUUUACCGUGUAGCAGCAACGGGACAAAUUUGUGGCUUUACCGUGUAGCAGCAACGGGACAAAUUUGUGGCUUUACCGUGUAGCAGUGACGGGACAAAUUUGUGGCUUUACCGUGUAGCAGCGAUGGGACAAAUAUGUGGCUUUACCGUGUAGCAGCGACGGGACAAAUUUGUGGCUUUACCGUGUAGCAGCAACGGGACAAAUUUGUGGCUUUACCAUGUAGCAGCGAUGGGCCAAAUUUGUGGCUUUACCGUGUAGCAGCGACAGGCCAAAUUUGUGGCUUUACCGUGUAGCGGCGACGGGACAAAUUUGUGGCUUUGCCGUGUAGCAGCAACGGGACAAAUUUGUGCCAUGAUAUAACCCCCAAAAAAGAUGAUACAUAAUCUGAUCACAAAUGCUUUGAUAUAUUUUAUGAAAUGGUUUGUGUGAGGGGUGAUUUUUUCUCAUUUUUCUCGCUUGGAGGGACCAUUAAGAAACAUGAUCCCUGCUGCUACCGGGUUAAUUCAAGCGUGUUGAAAACUUGUUUCAUGAUAUGUCAUCUGUGGAUUUUUCUGUUGUCAUGUAUCAUCCCUCCCCCCCAAAAAAAGUUUAUGCAGAUAUUGUCAGAGGAUAGGGAGGAUAUUCUGAUACAAUGUCAUCAAACAUUUAUAUAAUUUAGCAAGGAAGCAUUUUAGUUUUUAGACACUGGGGUUCAGUAAGACCUGUCAUCAUCUGUCUCUUCAGAGAUUGUACCUUUUUUACUGUGUAUUGGGAGUAAGUUUUAAUCUUUUGAUACUCGAGCUUCUCAAGGCCUGUUGGCAUACUCUACCCACAUGGCAACCCUACAGUGCAAGCCUUAAUUUAGUGCACACACACACACACACACACACACACACACACACACACACACACCGUAGUACAGAAGUUAACCCGAGAAGUUCCGGGUUCGAUUCUCGGGCAGGGUGGAGAUGGAUAGGCCGUCUCCUUCCAGCUAUGUUCCUGUCCGCUAAGCAAGAAAUGGAUACUGGGUGUUGUCAGGAGUUGUUUUAUUCCUCUUGGAUGUGCAUGUGUAUGAUAUCGUCACCCUCAUCAAAUAAUCGCCUAAGUCAUUUUUCAGUGAAUUCCAGGUUUUUGUCUACAUCAAUUUUUCAACAUGUGACGCCCAUUUUUGUAUAGUUGCCUUCGUCGUUCAGGGUUUGAGUGUUCUAGAAUUGACCUUUUCACGUCUGCCUAAACCUUAAGCCAAAUGAGACAAUGACAGUUCUUUCCUGAUUUCCUGAGGACUAGAAAAUAAUGACUUAGGCGGUUUGUUUACCAAGGUGACGCUAUGGUGCUUUAGUGGUUAUGAUGCUCAGCUCACAACCGAGAGACCCCAGGAUCAGUUCGUGGGCAGGGUGGAGAUGAGUGGGCAGCCUCCUUACAUCUGUGCCUCAUUACACCCAGUAGUGAGUGGGUACCAGGUAUCAGUCGAUGUUGUGUUCUGAGCCCCAGGAUAGUUGUCUGGCAUUAUGAAAGGCAAGUAACCCACGGAUGACAUGAACUUGUAGCUCAUUCCAGAAAGAUACAAAUAGGUGAAUUACACACACACACCAAUUUGCUGACCUAGAGUACAAAGAUUGUGAUAUGAAGCCCAAGAACAUAUUUCUCCUGUCCUAUUACCCAUACUUACAUAUUUCCUUCAUCCUUUGGUAUGCUACUCCACCUCAAUAAUAACAAAUAAUGAUGAUAAGUAUUUUUUUUAAUCCUGGACAAGCAAUGAUAAGUCUGUUAAAAGCUUGACGUCACAUACAUACCUACUUACACAGUGCCUGGAGGUCAUCAAAGCUUAUCCAAUUUCCAUAGCCUAAGGCCACAGUGGCAGCGUUUUUGUCAUGUUUGUGUUUGUGUCCACGCACCAUCGCUGGGUACGGAAAUGUGCGUGUGAAGCCUCAGUAUUGGUCUUGUAUCAUUUUUAAUUAUUGUAAAGCAAAGAAGCAGGAAAGAGUAUGUUACUCAAUAAUCCUGCCUGUGUCACAACACUAAGUCCUCUA